CAGUUUUCUUAAACGAAACUACGCGUGCCGCAAUUUCUAAUAUUAGCAGGAACCAAAAAGUGUGUGAACCAUGUUUCGACCGGCGAUCAUAUCCUCCCUUGCGUCACGAUUUUUUAUUUCAAUCAACCAUCCGCGAAUAGCGCCGCUAACCAUUCCGCUUGCGUCGAUUACAAAUCACGCCCCAAUCCGGGAUGCAUCAACGACGUGGUCUCAACCUGGAACUUGGUACCAGCGCCGGCAUGAGUACGAUCAGAAAAACGACACCCACCAGCGUAAACGAAACUUAGGGCCGCUGCGUUUUGUGGUAGCCAGCUCGUUCCUAUCUUGGUUCAGUAAAAAGAACGACGACGAAGACACACCCGAAAGCCAGCUCAUAACGGUCAUCAAACGUUCGAUCUUGUCCAUCCAGAAGGAGGAGUACCACAAAGCAGAACAGAUGCUGCAUCUUGCUCUCAAGAUGGCCCAGGACUUACAGAGCAAGGAUGGCAUCACGUACAUCUACGACAUUAUGGCUAACCUAGCGAUGGAGGUAGGCGAUUUCGCGAAGGCGGAGAAACUCUUUGUCAACGUCAUGCAGCGGUUGUUCUCGGACGGAUUCUUGGAAGAUCACAUCAAAAUGCUCCACAUCAGUUCCAAGAUCGCACAUCUGGCACAGCUGCAGGGCCACCUCGACAAAGCGGCCCAAGGGUUCGAGUGGACGCUAGCGAAGCUAGAGGAAAAGCUGAAACUGCUUGGAAAUGACAACGCCAAGGAGAUCCGGGAGUUGUGGGGCAUCACGAAGAACUGGUACGCACAGCUGCUGAUGGAAAGCAAACGGUUUGCAGAAGCGAAACAAGCGUUCAUGCAGGCAUACGAAGCGUACACCGAAAUCCAUGGGUUACUCACCGAGGAGGGGCUCACGAUACUGAACAAUCUCAGUGUGGCGUGUUCUAAUCUAGAGGAUUACGCGUCUGCUGAGCGGUUCCUUAAGGAAGCGAUCGCGCUGGCGGCUCAAAUUCCCGACCUCUCGGAGGCAGGCGUGUAUAAGGCGAAUCUGGGCCUGCUAUACCUGCAGCAGGGACUGCUGCAGCAGGCUUCCGAGUUCUGCACGUUCGCCUGGCGCUACGGGAAGCAGCACCAACACGAGGAAACUGUGAUACAGGCCAGCUAUUGCCUAGACCAAAUAAAAUCGCUGCAGAAGUAAUUGCACCCAGAGAUCUCCGGAAUAGAUAGCACUAUUCACUAGACGACUGUUGUAAAACCAUUGUUACUGUACGAAUUGCUCGUUAAUAUACGUUAUAAGUGUGUAAAGUCGAU